UGCUUUUUAACACCAUACUCAUCACAAACUAGACACCGAAGCACCAACCUCUAACUUUCUUAUAAGUUCCAGUUUCUGGUUCACAGAAAGGGUCACACACUUCCUCUUCAGCGUUUUACUCCCUCUUGAAGACAUGAUGUAAAAUACAAGGCUGAAAGAUGCCUAAUCACUGAAAUAUCAACGAAAAUUGCAGGGCAUCACAACACUGAUACUCGAAUAAGGCGCUAAAAGUCAACAAUGACUGGCGGUCUGGCGCACGUGAGCCAUCUAUCGGACAAUCCCAGAACCAGAAAUUUGACACGGACAGUCCCUCGCUUAACUCAGAUUUCGUCUGGUUUAUCCGAUAUCCGGAGACAGUGUACAAUACGGUACAAUAUACCUGGCAAAUCUGGACAGUAUUGUGGAAAAUAAGAGGAUGGCAGAGUUUAAGACACCAAUAUCCAAGAAGACGAAAUCAGUCAUGCCAAACACGCAAGAGACGCCAAACAAGCUGGUUAUCCCACCGUCUCCCUGCAUGAAGCAGCUGGGAUAUGGCACAGGUGUUACAGUUUACCUGAUGGAGCGAUUCUCACCUAUACAUGACUGUUAUAGCUCUCCUUGGGCUGUUAAGAAGUUAAACAGGAAGAUAAAAGACAGAACUGGAGAAUAUACCAAGAGGCUAAGUUUUGAAGCAGACAUUUUGAAGAAUCUGAAUCACAAGAAUAUUAUUGGCUAUCGCUCUUACCAACACAACAAGGAUGGGUCACAGUGCUUAGCCAUGGAGAGUGGAGAAAAGUCUCUGGCGGACUUAAUUGAGGCUUGGCAAGAGGCAGACCUCGGGCCGUUCUCACCACAAAAAAUUCUUAAGGUGGCAAGGGACAUUUCCUCGGCUCUGACAUACUUACACGAAGAGAAGCAUUUACUUCACGGGGACCUGAAGAGCUCUAACAUUCUCAUUAAGGGUAAUUUUGAGGUUGCAAAGCUUUGUGAUUUUGGAGUAACUCUGAAACUGAAUGAAUAUGGAGUGGCAUGUGAUGAAGACCAGGAGUAUGUGGGCACAGAGUGUUGGUCAGCUCCUGAGGCUCUGAUAGGUGAAACUGUAACCCACAAGUCGGAUAUGUUCUCCUUUGGCCUCAUUCUGUGGGAGAUGUUGUCCCUUAGGCCUCCCCACAUUGACAAAUUGGAGGUCAAUGACACUAUACCCGAUGAUGUGAGGCAGAGUGACCUGGACGACAGCGAUGUUUCAGAGUUUCAAAAUGUAUUAGGCACACGACCAUGUCUACCCAAUGUUGUGUUAGAUGAUGACUACCUGCAUGUGUUAGAGAUCUUCUAUGCUUGCACUGAGGCUGAACCACACAAGAGACCAUCUGCAAAACAAAUUAUGCAUAUCCUUCAUUGCUUUGAAGAGGACAUCAAAGACAAAAUCGAAAAUAAGGAAACUGGACAUGGCAAGCUUGGUGAUAAGGACACUGAUGAACCAACUGAAGUUAAUGGAAAAAUCAUUGAAGAUAAAUAAAAAGACAAUCACAACGGAUCAAAGACAUUACUCACUAUACUGCUUUUACUUGCUGUAAGUACACUGUACCCUCGUUAAUUCAACAAAAAGGGAAUUAUGGAAAAAACUAAAUAACCUUGUUCAGAAUAAUUGACAUUCGACAAUUUCUGAUCAUAUUUUAUUUUUUUCAAUUAUUCAUGCGUUUUCUGUUCAGGUUUUGCACCUUAUUCAAAUUGUUCCUCGAACCCUCGACCUACUGCGUGGGACUAGGGAACGUUACCGACCAUACUAUAAGAGCACUAAAAGCAGUUCUAGACUGUUAUAUUUCACACAAAGCCUGUUCAUCGAGCUGAUGGCUCCGUGAACCUCCCAUUUGGGAACUACCCGUGCUUCUUAUGUGGAUGUCAGUAGCAUUUUACCGAAUUCAGCUGGUAUGAAACACGAGGUACCAUAUAUACUUCAGUAGGUCGAGGGUUCGAGUCCUGGUUGGUGAGGUAGUUGAUUAUAUGUUCAAUUCUAAUCCUGCAAAUUAUUUGAGCAAUAUAGUAUAAUGUAUACAAAAAAUUUUUUAUCACUGUGACAUUGAUUUUCAUCAACAUUUAAUGUCCAUUUCCAUCUAAACUUGGGUUAACUUUGAAUCAAACAUUAAAGGCCAUUUCACACUGGAUGUGAUGCUAGCUACUCUGUGGAUUUUUGGUCACGAUGCUUACUAUGCAAGUAUUCACACCAGAUAAUAUGCAAGCCAUGUAUCUUGAGACACUCAGUAUUGUUGCAUCAGUCAAGAUGAAAGGCAGUGCUCAGUGGUUUUAUGAGGAGGAAAUUUUACUGCUGACUCUAGGAAUGUCUAAAAAGAAAAAAGAAGUGGGUACAUGAAACAAAUGCGAAAAGACCAAACUUUGGCGAAUACCAUCAUCUUGUGCAGGAGCUUUCUAUUGAUGAAGAAAAAUUUAGAUCUUACUUCAGACUGUCCCACACUCCGUUCAAUGAAGUUUUAUUAAUAAUUGAAAAGGAUAUGAAGAAACAAGGUACAAACUACAGUUAGUCCAUAAGCCCCAAGAAAAGGCUGGACUGAUACACAAAAGUAAAGGGUAAUAUGGUUGGGAAUGACCUUGAAGCAGGGCACUAGCUGCUGUCUCUUCAACUGUCAAAAAUGCUCUAGGGUGCAUGCAGAGGAGGCAAUCUGGGAUGCUACAUAUCCAGUCUGAACAGCCUCAAUGAAAACCAGAAGCCAAUCAAAGCCACAUAAUUUCCAUCUGUAGCAUAGCUAGCAUCACUUCAGGUGUGAAAUGGCCUUAACUCUUGUGCAAGAUUUUUAAACUAGUCUGAAGUUUGAUAAAUAAUAUGUUAAGUAGUUUAUUUAGUUAACACCAUAUGAUUUUAUUCAGCACAGAGGGGAUCCCUGUACACAAGUGGUUAGUCUACUCUACUCUGCUUAAGCAUUUUAGUUUUCAUUUAUCAAACAUUCUUUAAAUUUUCAUGGUUUCACAUUCCUGACUUCAGAACAAUUUCCACAAAUUUGGUAAUUUUAAAUGCAGACCAUUAUUGUAUGUGUAUUAACAAGUACAGACAUUAGAUUAUGGAUGUACUGUGGCAAACAAAAGUUUGCUCUCGUGGUGAAACCAAGUCAUGGGAUUGAUUCUCCGAACUGACUUACCCUGACUGUCAUUUGGUGAGGGUGUGCCGUUUUAUCUCAUUUGGGCUAAUAACUGCUUCAGUUUGGGAGGGAGCAAACAUUUGACCCCAACCGUACAGUAUAUUGUAGUCACGUGUGGCAUAUUAAGCUGCAGGAAGUUUGCUAUUAAUUUAUACUUUUCAAAAAUAUCUAUUUUCUCAAUUAACAGAUGAAUUAAUACAAGAAUUUUUUUUAUAGUACAUUAUGUAUGUCUACACAAUAUAAAUGGGUUGAGGUUUUCUAUUGAAUUUAGUAGUUUUUAUAUUAAUCUGUAAACGAGUAGUACAUUACAAUAAUUUACGUUACUAAAUAAAUACUACUUUCACCAAAUCUUUCCAUUUCCUAUUAGCCAAUGUUUCCAACAGAAGCUUGAACUAUGGCACAAAUGCUUCAUACAAGAAUAAAGGCAAACCAGCCUGCAGAGACUUCUUAAAACUUCAAAAAAAAAAACAAUGCCGACAGUAAAAUAA